CUUGUACAUGCAUGGUGAAGUCUUGCCAAGCCAUACCUGCGCUGCAGAAACCCGCCCAACUUCUGAAUAGCGGCGACAAGAAAAGAUGACCUCCAGUCGUCCAGGCAAAUGCAAAAUAUGUGGUUAAUAGCUUAAUGUGGAAGAGCAUCAGACAAUACUAGUUUAAAAAAAAAAAUACGAUACUUAUUUAGGGUUAUGUCAAUACAAUUUACUAUUAUUUGAACCAUUUGUUCUAGAAAGAAAAGGGUACAUUCUAAAGGACAAUGUUACUCACUAAAACGUCAUCGUUGAAAUGGAUACGCGCGUUAUAUGCUAUAUGGCUGCAUCUGACUGUUUGGGAAACGAUGGAGGCUAUCCAUCCAGACUGUGCCCUGGUCUCUCAUCACAUGAAGUCCCAGGAGAGCUGUAUCCACACACGCAGACAGGAAGGCCGGAACCGCUCUGCCAGGACAGGGUGUCGUACAGAGUGGGAUGAGAUCAGAUGCUGGUCACGGGCUGAGGUGGGCCAGAUUGUCAACGUCUCCUGCUCAGACGUCUCCCAGCUCUUCGCCAACAAAGGCUACAUCUUCAGGAACUGUACGAAGGCUGGCUGGACAGAGCUGUACCCUACAUAUGAGGAGGCCUGUGAGUUCGCAGAUGAGUCAGAGACAGGAUCAGAGACAACAUACUUCUACACCAUCAGUCAAGUGUACACCGCUGGAUAUGCCACCUCCCUCGUCUCCCUCAUAUCAGCCAUCUUUGUCUUCACUGUGUUCAGGAAGUUCCACUGUACCAGGAACUACAUCCACAUCAACCUAUUUUCCUCAUUCAUCCUGAGAGCCAGUGCCGUUUUCAUCAAGGACGGAGUUCUGUUCGCUGAUGAGAACCUGGACCACUGCUUCAUGUCCACCAUGGCGUGUAAGUCAGCGGUGGCCUUCUUCCAGUUUAGCAUCCUGGCUAACUACUUCUGGUUGCUGGUGGAGGGCAUGUACCUCCAGACCCUCCUGGCCCUCACCUUCGUCUCACACAAGAAGUACUUCUGGUGGUACACACUCAUCGGCUGGGGUCUCCCAACUACAAUACUGUUGGUGUGGGUUCUGACACGCAACUUCUAUGAUAACCGAGGUUGCUGGGACGACACUGAUGUGGCCUUCAUCUGGUGGAUCAUCAAAGGGCCAAUAACAGCAUCACUACUGGUCAACUUCAUCAUCUUCAUCAACGUGAUCCGUAUUCUGGUACAGAAGCUCAAAUCUCCAGGCGUGGGGGGCCACGACACUGGCCACUUCAUGAGGCUGGCUAAAUCCACUCUGUUCCUGAUCCCUCUGUUUGGGAUGCACUACAUGGUGUUUGCCUUCCUACCAGAGAACACAGGAGAGGAGGCCCGUAUCUUCAUAGAGCUGGGCCUGGGAUCCUUUCAGGGCUUUGUGGUGGCUCUGCUCUACUGUUUCCUAAAUGGAGAAGUGCAGGCAGAGCUGAAGAAGCAUCUAUGGAAGUGGCAGAUUCAGGGUUAUCUGCGCUACAGUAGGAGAAGACGUACCCUCUUCACAGAGAGCUCCACUGUCACACAGAUCUCUGUUCUGGAGAAGUCCUCCCCCAAGGAGCUGCCCUGCAUCGGCGACACACACACACUCACACACAUCGACAAACACACACUCACACACACUUCUGUCCCGAGCUGUGCUGACACACAAACACUCACACACACUGACACACAAACACUCACACACAGCUCUGUCUCAAUCUGUGACGACACAAACACUCUCACACACAACACAGACUCACUCACACACAACUCAACAGUCUGAGAGAACAAAAAAUCCCGCUAUCUCUCUCUAUUCCCAAUCCUCCCUCUUCUUUUCUUCCUCCCCUCUCUCAAGGAUGGACUACACCUUGACUCUGCAGUCCCCAAAAUCUCAGAUAGGCCUCUCAGUCUAGAGAGAUCUAAAUGUUGUUCCAUAGACUGAGCUGUCUGUUGUGUUGACUCACUGGCUUGGCUGUGUGGCUCCAUAGACUGAGCUGUCUGUUGUGUUGACUCACUGGCUUGGCUGUGUAGUUCCAU